UUGAUAUUCUGGUUUUUUUCUGAUUCAUUAUUCUGAUUUAUUAUUCUGAAUUUUAUUCUGUUUUUAUUCCGAUUUUUAUUCUGAUUUUUACUUUGAUUUUUUAUUCCGAGUUGAUAUUCUGGUUUUUUUCUGAUUCUGAUUUCGUUCCGAUUUUUAAUCUGAUUUUAUUCUUCUGAUUUUUAUUAUGAGUUUUAAUUUAAUUUCGUUUAUUCAUAUUCACAUUUACACAAAAAUUUUUAACCCUAAUUAAUAACUAAACUUUAUUUGUAGAUAAUUAUUAUCUGAACAUAUUGUCAAAUAUAUCUAUACAUAAUUAAUUUCUGUACAAAUGUCACUUUUCUAAUUAUUAUUUAAUUAAAAUAUUGGGGAAACAACACCUUUUCCUCCUUCUCUCCCAAAUAUUUUCCGUCGAUGCUCCAAAGGUUUAGAGAGGGCUUCGAAGUUAAAUUAACAUCAAUAUUCAAUACUCAACAUUUAUUCUCUAAUAAUUUUUGGAUUUUUAUCGGAUUAAUUUCAACAUUAGAUUACUGUAAUGCUUCUGUUUCUGUUGAACAAUGCUGCAUUCAGGAAAGAAUACCAAACAUUUGUGCUUCCCCGCCCAGUGAUUUUGAUGUCUAUGACGUAUUUGAUAGGCGCAACAACUGUUCUAGAUAUUUAGAUUCAGUUGCUAAAUGCCUUGCCGCUGGUCGCGAUCACUCUCCUUGUUGUUCGAGGGAGGCUAAAGAUUUGGAAGAAAAUGCCUGUUUUGGCAAGUUUUUUUAA